AUGAAUCACGACGACCAGGCGGCCUACACGAAGCUGCACAACGCCCACCUACACGACGGAAGCGGACCCCUUCUCGGCGUCUAUAGGACGAAUGCGUAUGGUUUAUUCGCCAUGCAAGACAUUUCUGUUGACCGCUCGCUCAGGCGAUACCUAUGGUGGCGUCUUCAAAGACCUCUCCAGGAUAAACCACAGGCACGCCCAGAUCUAUUCUCCACUUGCUGCCCCAAUGCGGACAGAAGCUUCCACCGCGCCACCCUCUCGAUGCAACUGUACGCCGUGCGCACCAUUAAGAAAGGCGAAGAGAUCACCACGUCGUACUGCAACCACCUUGCUCCUUAUGCAGCACGCCAAAUAUCCUUGGCGCCGUAUGGAAUACGCUGCGACUGCCCCGCAUGUGUCGACCACGUCGAAUCCGACAAGAACCGCUUGCGCAUCAGCCGCGUCCAAGAUGCCGUACCCGCCAUCGUCAAAUGGGCUGCCAAUCCGGCAUUGCCAAGCGAUCUCCUGCUCACGCCGUCCUUGAAGAUGCUGGAGCUCCUGGAAUCGGAGGGCCUGGAAGCGACCCCGCAGUACCUGCUAGUCCUUUACCAGACCAUGCUCAUCUACUCAGCUCUAGGCACUUCGAGCGUCAACGCGAGAUGUUUGUUCUAUAUGGAGAGGUGGACCAGGCUGAAACGCUGGGACGUCAAAGGCCGCAAAAUUAACUAUGCAGAACAGGGCAUACGGGAUAUGGAGAAGAUCAGGAUCGCUAGUUUUGCAAGGCGGCUCCUUUCGCCGGGGGACGAGGAAGAGGCAGUUGUUGUCUUCGAUACAGAUAUAUCAGAAGCGGAUUAG